UCGGAGGUUUAAAUGGUGAACCGCCCGCCUCUCUUUGAACGCUUUUGCGCCUUCUCGCCGCGGAAUUUAAAACGGAAAGCGAUGUGAGGACGACUUUUAUGAGAGCUGAACGACUUUGUUUUAAUCACCCUGAAAAUCACAGCCGGUCACUUAGCUGAGCAAUAAAGAAGAGGGAAGCUGCUCAAAAACGGAAAGAAACAUUCAGUGUAUAUGUGUUGGACUGUGAAGAAGCUAAAAUGAAGUGCCCACGAUACGACAUGUUCAAGGCCAAGAUGAACGUGGAAAAGGGCUCCCCAGAGAAGCCCUCAGGCCCCCAUGGAAAAGAUUCACCCAUUAAGAACCCCCUCCCCCUCAAUCCCAUUGCCGAGAAGGUGUCCAAAGUGUUGUUGCCCCAUGACGCCUCCCUCGGAGCAGCCCAAGACAAAGAAAACCAGACCGUCAAGAUGCACGAAAGUACUUUCGACGAGGGGCUAGAGGACAGCGGUUACUUGUCCUUGUACAGCAGUCAUAUUGACGAAGGUGAAAUCCACAUUCAGGGAAAAAACCCAAGAAUUCUACCGCCCUUGCCACCUCCCACUGUGACACCAAAACGGUCCCCUCAAUGUGAAGAUGGCAUGGUUUCUGGUUGCCCUAUGAGCCUGGGAGCUGCUUCCACACCCAUGGACCACUGCAGGCGGCAACCACUCACGUAUUCCUUGUCGUCCACCCCCUCUGAUGAACACAAUGACAACCCCAACCUGCCCAUUGUCAAGUUCCAGUUGGCAGUGUGUCAAGAGCUCGCCAAGAGUUACAGCAAGAAUAAUCGGUAUGACUGGAGCAUCAUCUCCAAGGUGGCCGAGGAUCAUCUACUGCACCAGGUGAUCGGCGGCAACAUGGGCCUCGAGUUUGUGGAUGUGUUCUCGUCUCUCCUUUCCAAGAAUAUGAAAAGCGUUCUCGCCAACAUCUUGGCCCUGCUGGGAGACAUGGACCUCAUCAGCUGCAAGAAGGUGAGCAGAACCUGGAGGAAGAUCAUACGUGAAGAUGGCGCUGCUCUGAAAAGGUGCCAGAAAGCUGAGAAGAUGCUUCAGGAGUCAUUAAGCUCUGUGAAGCAAAAGAGUUCCGGUUUUACAAGGGAUGGUAUCGUGUCCCGGGUGGUUCUGUCCUGCAUGCAGAAAGUGGCCUCUCCACAUGCUCCAUCAGCGGCAUCAUCGUCAUCGUCAUCAUCCGUCAACAGACGGAAUACCUCUGUACAGAAAAACAGCCAACCUCGCUUGCAGUGUUCUCGCUUUAACGAAUACAUUCAGGCUGCCAGCACCCUGAAGCAGCACGAGUCCCUGCGGCCGUGCAAACAGUGCGGCUCGCCCGCCACGCACUCGCCCGAGGCCCAGCGAGCCACAUGCAUGCGGGCCUCCUGCCAAUUUGACUUCUGCACCCUCUGCCUCGAGGCCUUCCACGGGUCCACCCCGUGCCGAGUGGUGCAGUGCCGCUCCCGCUUUCCCACCUCGGGAAGCGCCUAUUCCCUCCUUCCUGGGAGCGCUCAGAGCAAGAGGAACGUCAGGAGGUUGUGACGAGCGACGGGUGGUUCGUCUUUUGUCGACUGUUGCCAAAGUGAAGGGGUUUCAAAGGAGUUUGUUUGUGUGGGUUUCUCAAUGUGUUGUUGAUUUAAAAUGAUGCUUGACAAGCACACCUCCACGGUCGGAGCGACUGAAUGAACCGAAGCACUUGUUCUCGAAACCAUCCUGGACAAUCAACCAAGUGGUGUUUUGAGCUCACGCCACUGUCGGUGAGCAUAAAGCAUUUUGACCAAAAAAGACUACAGAAGAAACUUGUGACACUUUAAAGUUGUACAUUUUAAUCAAGAUUUAAAGUGAUUGUAAAUAUUUAAUCGUUUUGUCUAUAAAAUAUGCUCCAAGAUUGUUUUAAAUAAAUGUUAGCUUCUAAAAAGUUGUAACUAUUUACUGUACUGUUUGUGUUGAGGUUUCCUUAUAAAUGUUUAAUAAAAUUUGACAUUUGCCUCUUGGAA